AUGUCUGACGACAUUAAUAAAUAUUUCAAUGGCUUACUUCAAAAGGUCAGUGGUCUUUACGUUAUACAGAUAACGGAUCGGGAUGGUGUGCCACUCCUUCAUGUAAGCCAGGAGAAGAAUGUGGACUUUGCAUUGAUGCCGUCUUUUAUACCAACUUUUACAACGGCCUGUGAUCAGGCUGGCAAGCUUGGUUUGGGUCGAAACAAAACUAUAAUCUCAAUGUAUUCCAAUUAUCAGGUGGUGCAAAUGAAUAAACUGCCGUUAAUUUUAACCUUUGUCGGCGCUGAGAAUUGUAACACGGGGCAUAUACUGGCACUGGAACAUCAAGUGGAAGCUUAUUUGGAAAACAUUAAGCUGGCCGUGACCGAAGCGUAGUAGAAAUCUGAAACCGUAGACCUAAGCCAUAUAUUACAAAUGUAUCAUUUUUUUAAAAAUACUAUUCGUUCACACUUUAUUCAAAUCGAAA